AUGCCAGCCGUGGUCAGCUGUGUCCCUGGACCACAGUACGUACAGAACAACGCACUGAAGAAGAAGAAACUGAAAACCACGGUAAAGUACCUGUGUGUGUGUGUGUGUGUGUGUGUGUGUGUGUGUGUGUGUGUGUGUGUGUGUGUGUGUGUGUGUAUGUAUGUGUGUGUGUGUGUUUGCGCGCGCGCGCCCAUUUGUAUCUCAUUGGAAUAGACUUGAAGCUUCAACUAGAGUUUCUGAUUAUUGUAUCUCCAUCCCCCGUGUCUCCUCCCCUCCCCUCCCCCGUGUCUCCUCCCCUCCCCUGUGUCUCCUCCCCUCCCCUCCCUGUGUCUCCUCCCCUCCCCUCCCCGUGUCUCCUCCCCUCCCCUCCCCUGUGUCUCCUCCCCUCCCCUGUGUCUCCUCCCCUCUCCUGUAUCUCCUCCCCUCUCCUGUGUCUCCUCCCCUCCCCUGUGUCUCCUCCCCUCCCCUCCCCCGUGUCUCCUCCCCUCUCCUGUAUCUCCUCCCCUCCCCUGUGUCUCCUCCCCUCCCCUGUGUCUCCUUCACUCCAUCACCCGUGUCUCCUCCCAUCCCCUGUGUCUCCUUCACUCCAUCACCCGUGUCUCCUCCCCUCCCCUGUAUCUCUCCACUCCCCUGUAUCUCCUCCCCUCCCCUGUGUCUCCUCCCCUCCCCUGUGUCCCCUCCCCUCCCCUGUGUCCCCUCCCCUGUGUCUCCUCCCCUCCCCUCUCCUCCCCUGUGUCCCAUCCCCUCCCCUGUGUCCCCUCCCCUUUGUCUCCUCCCCUCCCCUCUCCUCCCCUGUGUCCCAUCCCCUCCCCUGUAUCUCCUCCCCUACCCUGUGACUCCUCCCCUCCUCCCCUCCCAUGUGUCCCCUCCCCGUGUCUCCUCCCCUCCCCUGUGUCCCAUCCCCUCCCCUGUAUCUCCUCCCCUACCCUGUGACUCCUCCCCUCCUCCCCUCCCAUGUGUCCCCUCCCCGUGUCUCCUCCCCUCCCCUGUGUCCCCUCCCCUCCCCUGUGUCCCCUCCCCUCCCCUGUGUCCCCUCCCCUGUGUCUCCUCCCCUCUCCUUCCCUCCCCUGUGUCUCCUCCCCUCUCCUCUCCUCCCCUCCCCUGUGUCCCCUCCCCUGUGUCUCCUCCCCUCCCCGUGUCCCCUCCCCUCCCCUUUGUCUCCUCCCCUCCCCUGUGUCCCAUCCCCUCCCCUCCCCCGUGUCCCCUCCCCUCCCCUCCCUUGUCUCCUCCCCUCCCCUGUGUCCUCUCCCCUCCCCUGUAUCUCCUCCCCUCCCCUGUGUCUCCUCCCCUCCCCUUUGUCUCCUCCCCUCCCCUGUGUCCCCUCCCCUCCCCUGUGUCUCCUCCCCUCCCCUCUGCUCUCCUCCCCUCUCCUCUCCUCUCCUCUCUCCUCUCAUCAGAGUACGGUGAGGCUGAAGGGCGGUGCCAAGCUGGGUGAGGGCAGAGUGGAGGUGCUGAGGAACAAUGAGUGGGGCACAGUGUGUGACGACCGUUGGACCCUGCUGUCAGCCAGCGUGGUGUGCAGGGAGCUGGGCUUCGGAUCCGCCAAGGAGGCCCUGACUGGGGCUCGCAUGGGACAA